UAACCCAGCUGAUGUAACAAUUACCGAAAAGCUGAAACAUGACGUCAGAGCGUGACGUCACCGUACUUGCACAACUGAGAAUCAGACAAAACGUUAUCGGGAAAACAGUAAAUAAAAACCCGCGGCCAGUUUCCGCAGUAAUAUUUAUCUCUUAUGUUUUCGUUCGCAACUGAUAUAAUAUGUAAUGUUUCUUUAACUUUCAUGACAGGUGCUUAGCUUACAGCCAAUUUAUUUAUUUAGUUACGUAUUUUGGAUACUAUUUUCCUCCUGAUGGUCUUUUUUUAUCACUUUCAUUUAAGGUAUUUGAAAACUUUUCCUCUAUUAUACUGGUUUCCGGACAAAACUACAUAUCUUAAAAAAUCACGAAAUCCUGAUUAAAAUGCCACUAUAUCAAACUAUUGAUGGAUUACCAGUCCCUCUUUUUUAUGAUCCCAAAAUCGUACGUACCGCCAUGGAAUAUUUACCAGGAGAUGACGACAUUAUUGUGUCGAGUUUUCCUAAAUGUGGUGCAUCUUUUGUCUCUCAAAUUGUUCAACUCAUUUUGAAAAAUGGGCAGCAAUGCUAUUCUACGGACGAAUUUUUCUCAUCCGUUCCAAUUUUAGAGUUAAUGGGAACAGAAACUGUACACAAUUUGCCAAGUCCACGCUGUUUAAAAACUUACUUGCCACUAGAUAGAAUCGAGUAUAAAAAACACUCCAAAUAUAUUUAUGUUGCAAGGCAUUUUUCAGAGUGUGUCGUAUCCUACUACAGGCAUAUAAGGAUGUUUCCUGUUUAUUUGUUUACGGAUGGAACUAUUGACGAAUUUGUAAGUUUAUUCAUCAAAGGAGAAGUCUGUUAUGGUGACUAUAUUUCCCAUUUCAGUUCUGGUUACAGUAAAAGAUGGUAUGACAAUGUUUUGUUCAUUACGUAUGAAUUGCUCACAUUAAACUUAAAAGAUGCAAUUUUGCAGAUAGCUGGUUUCUUAGGAGAAAAACAUGUUCGGAAUCUAAAAAGAUGUGGGGAAAAAGUCUUAAAAGAUAUCUUAUUUCUCAACAGCAGUUUCAUGAAAAGUACAGUUGAUGAUUUUUGGCGGGAAAUGUUUUUAGAGAAGCUUCUAGCCGGUAAAUGCGACUUACACUUUCCUGUUGCUGAUAAGUAUGCCAGGAUGGUGAAGGAAGCUGAAAGUAAAGGUCAUUUCUUGAACGAUGUUCCCGAUGAUAUUACUCUAUCUGAAGAAAACAUUGAAAAACUGGAAAAAUACUUCAAAGACAGAGUAUGGAUAGAAGGCUCUGCUAUUUGGAAUUAUUUCAUGAAAAUUGAUAUCAAUUGUUAACCCAAUCACUGUAGAGUACUUCAUUUUUUGAGCUUUGCAGAGUUACUUGAUAUAUAUCAGUCUGAAAUAUAACAGAUGAUUGACCAAUUGUGAACUACAAUGGUUGCUUAUUACAUAAACAUUUGUAUAUUACUAAUUUCAAACACUUGGUUUUAAAUUUCUUUCAGGGAUUUGUAAAUUGAAUUAUACUUUUGCCUUACUUACUUUGUAUUUUAAUAGGUUCUUUUAAUAUUUAAUAAAAAAA